AGCGUGCGUCCAAAUGAUAAGUGACCCGCAUUCAAACGCAAGAUGUUGAGAGCGUUUCCAUUUGCGCAUCUGAUCCGAAUUCAAGAAAACGUGAUGUUGCGUAAGUGUCCGACGUUAGGGAUAGACUAUAGGAUAUGUGACAUUUAAAUAUUUGCCAGACGUCACCGAAAGCCUAUAUAAUGAGCUGGGGAUCGAGCAGUCCCUCGGUGCAGAACGAAAAUCCUCUAAAAUCACCAGCCAGUUCAUUGGAUGAUGAGCGUGUUACACGGCAUCUCCGGGAGAACAAGCACGCAUCUCCAGACGAGCAUAAUACAUCUUUAAGGAGCUCUGCCUGCCGGUGCGUCCAUUGGCUGGCUGGAGGUUCCACUGUGUCCUGUGAUUGGCCAUACUUAAUGAUCCUCGGCUUAUCAUUUGCCCCAGUAAUUUACUAUGAAUAUUGUAUGCGGGCGGAAAAGCUGCUGAUAAGUUUGAAAUAGCUUAGUCCUGGAUGAGACGUGCGCGCGCGGGGAAAUUACAUUUUCUAGGCUGAUAUCCGUCCGGCACCUAUAGUGGAAACGCUCCUGUCCUGGAUUCAGAUGGGUAGGAACGGUCUCGCUCGGAUAUUCACCAUGUAGAUAUUUUUUUGGCCGCACGUUUGGAGAGGACUAUUACGCAAAGAAUGUUUUGCGCUAAACUGAAGGAUCUCAAGAUUGCGGGUGAAUGCCCGUUUUCCAUGGUCGUGGGAAACGAGGAUCCCGCAGACUUUGAGGAAAGCGGCGCGGUCGAUGUUGUGCCCGUAUCCAGAGAGGUGCAGGGCACAAAUACAAACAUUCUGCCCAGACGCAAAAUAAGCCGGAGCAAAGUUAAUCUGCAUUCACUGGGCGAGAGCAUCCGAAAGCUGGUGUGUCCGGAGUUCGAAAAAAUACGAAGUGCAUUGAUCAGAGUUAUGAAACAGCAGAUAGACAUGAGUUGCCCUGCAGCAUGCAGUUCUGAUGCAUCUCAGACAAUGGACAAUGUUGAACAAUUAUCAGACAUCAUGAGAAAAUUCUCCCUUAAAACAGAUAUCCCCAUGGAAACGCUAAAGAUUUCUCUGGGUCUGGAGGUGUUUCGGGACUGUUAUGAAGAGGACGGUCAUAUUCUCCGUGUGGUGGGGGGAGCUCUCCAUGAUUUCCUCAACAGCUUUAACGUUCUCUUAAAGCAGAGCACACCGCCCACCCCAGAGGUUCAGCGUUACAUCCACCAAGCCUCCAUCCUCUGCCUGGACAAAGAUCCAGGACUCCUAACCGUCUAUUUCUUCAACCCCCUCCCCACCACCGAGCUCUUCUUCUCGGGUAUCAUCCAGGCGGCCGCGUGUUUGCUCUACUGCACACGGGUGGAAGUCAGAAUGGACGUUGGGGGUAAAGACAGUGGUGCUCUACAGGCCAAUCAUCAGCCUCAUCUGCUGUACUCAGUAGUAGUGAGAGACGGCAGAAGCCUCACGCCAAGCCCCAUGAGGACACACUCAUCUGGAGACAUUCCCCUCUCACUGCUCUACUCUACUUUUCCCUUCCACAUUCUCUUAGAUCAGGAAAUGAGCCUGAUGCAGAUUGGAGAUGGUUUGAGGAGGAGGCUCGGGCGAUGCAGAGACGGGCAAAGAAGAACUGUUUUCAACGAGCACUUUGCUAUUGUUUCGCCUGAGAUACGAGCCAGCUUCCAGGAUAUUUUAACCAUGCUAAACACCCAGUUUGUGCUACGGGUGAAACAGCACGGAGCGAGCUCUGCUGACAGCCCCGGAAAGCAUAUGGACUUGAAGGGCCAGAUGAUCUUCAUGUCCGAAAUGAGCGCCCUCCUCUUCCUCGGCUCUCCGUGUGUAGACAAGCUGGAGGAGUUGACAGGCCGGGGCCUCUACCUCUCUGACAUCCCCAUCCACAACGCGCUACGAGAUGUUGUUCUGGUUGGGGAGCAGACCAAGGCACAGGAUGGACUUAAAAAACGCCUGGGUAAAGCCAAGGCUGCGCUGGAACAGGCGCACCAAGCCCUGGAAGAAGAGAAGAGGCGAACGGUAGAGCUGCUCUUCACGAUAUUCCCAGGGAACGUCGCUCAGCGUUUGUGGCAGGGACUUCCCGUGCAGGCUAAAAAGUUUGAUCACGUCACCGUGCUGUUCUCGGACAUCGUGGGCUUCACUGCGAUCUGCUCACGAUGCACGCCCAUGCAGGUGGUGAACAUGCUCAGUGAGCUCUACACUAGGUUCGAUCACCACUGCGGUGAGCUGGAUGUGUAUAAGAUGCGUAUCGGGAUCCACUCUGGCUCUGUUUUGGCUGGUGUAGUCGGUGUUAAAAUGCCCCGCUACUGCCUUUUUGGCAACAACGUCACAUUAGCCAACAAGUUUGAGUCCUGUAGCCUGCCAAGAAAGAUUAACGUCAGUCCCACCACGUACAGAUUGUUAAAAGAUUGUCCAGAGUUCACUCUCAUCCCCCGGACAAGAGAGGAUCUUCCGCCCAACUUCCCCGCCGACAUCCCUGGAGUUUGUUACUUCCUUCAGGCUCACGAUCAAAUGACAAGUGCUGCUUCCACUGGCCGUGCCGCAGACGAAACUCAACCCAGUGGAUAAAAAAACCCCAUCAAAUCUUUAAGACACAAAUGCUGGAAACAGUGGGUUAAUACUGCCUGUCACUCUGUGUAUCUUUUUAGUUGAGCCAGGGGUAGUUUAUCAUCCAACUGUUGAAUGUUGCCAAAAAGCUAUCAAAUAACACUCGUUAGAAGGGUUUCACUGUGCACAGUUUUUGUUCACAGUAGCGUUGGUUUAAAGCCUCAGAUUUUUGUUUGGCAGAGUAUCUAUGGUUUUCGGUUUAUUUUGACUUCCUGACUGUAUACCAAAAAAUCUAAAAAGCAGAGAAUGUCAUCCACGUUUGCAUUUAUAAUGGAUAUUUCUUUAAAUGCUACAGAACCAAUAGAGUGAGUCAUUUAUUGUGUAUGGGGCAAUUAGUAUCAAUUCAAUGUUCUAAAUAGAGCACUUUUCAUUGUAGUGCACCACACAGUAAAGGGAAGAAAAGAACACAGUCAUCCUUAAAGUAAACAUUGUGGCAUUUUUGUAUUGUAAUAGAUCUGUAAUAAAUAUGCUUUACUCAA